CCUCCGUCAUCAACGAUCAGACGGUCCAUAAUCAACACCGAUACAGAGAGAGAAUCAGAGAGAGUAGAGUUACAUUGAAAUGGAGGGAAAGGAGGAGGACGUUCGACUUGGGGCCAACAAGUUCUCGGAAAGGCAGCCGAUCGGGACGGCGGCGCAGAGCCAGUAUGAGUCCAAGGACUACCAGGAGCCGCCCCCCGCACCGCUCUUCGAGCCCGGGGAGCUCGGGUCAUGGUCCUUCUAUAGGGCGGGGAUCGCCGAGUUCAUAGCCACUUUCCUCUUCCUAUACGUGACGGUGUUGACCGUGAUGGGCGUCGUCAAGUCCCCCACCAAGUGCGGGACCGUCGGGAUCCAGGGCAUCGCCUGGGCCUUCGGCGGCAUGAUCUUCGCCCUCGUCUACUGCACGGCCGGCAUCUCAGGGGGGCACAUAAACCCGGCGGUGACGUUCGGGCUGUUCUUGGGGAGGAAGCUGUCGCUGACGAGGGCAGUGUUCUACAUGGUGAUGCAGUGCCUCGGUGCUAUCUGUGGAGCGGGAGUCGUCAAGGGCUUCAUGGGAGACAGCCAAUACGAGCUUCUGGGCGGCGGAGCCAACUCGGUCAAUGCCGGCUACACCAAAGGCGAUGGCCUUGGAGCCGAGAUCAUGGGGACCUUCAUCCUCGUCUACACAGUCUUCUCUGCCACCGAUGCCAAGCGUAGUGCCAGGGACUCUCACGUCCCGAUUUUGGCCCCUCUGCCAAUCGGGUUCGCAGUGUUCUUGGUGCAUCUGGCCACCAUCCCGAUAACCGGAACCGGCAUCAACCCUGCCAGGAGUCUCGGUGCAGCAAUCAUCUACAACAAGGCCCACGCUUGGCAUGACCACUGGAUAUUCUGGGUAGGUCCAUUCAUUGGAGCCGCGCUUGCUGCCCUAUACCACGUGGUUGUGAUCAGGGCAAUUCCCUUCAAGUCCAAGUAAUCGGUACAUCGUGCUGUGCAUUGCAACGACCAUCGAGCAAUUUCCAAAUUUUCGCUUUUCUUUUUAAAUUUCGUCAUAAAUAUGUACCUUAAGAGUGGGAGUGUUUUUUUUUUUUUUUUUGCCUUUCAAAUUAAGUCGCUCUCUUUAAUUUUAGUCCAAGAGAGCGCUUGUGAUGGUGUGCUUCUGCCUGGUAUAUGCCUAAGUAAAGAAGAAGAUGUAAGGCUGGUGUAAGUUGUAGACUGUCAUCUUCUGCUUGAACUAUGCAAAUGGAAAAGUAUAAAAUAAUACCGACCAAAAUUGCCUUAUUC